AUGGCUCUGUCAUGUCAACCGCUGGGGUCGUUCCCUCCACGGCUCAGUGUUUGCGUUCUGCUGAUCGUGUUUGUUGCCGCCGCAUCGGCGAGUCACGACGCGCCUCAAGACGGCACCCACGAUCCAACGAAUGUCGCCCACAAAAAAGGCUUCCCCGUCCUCUUGUUCAACUACGAUCACGUGAGAACCCCCUUUGAGAUCUCCCUAUGGAUCCUCCUCGCCCUGCUGAUGAAACUUGGGUUCCACGUGAUCCCGCGGGUCUCCCAGGUGGUGCCCGAGAGCUGCCUGCUGAUCGUGGUGGGCCUUCUUGUGGGGGGCUUCAUCAAGGCCAUCGGCGAGAAGGCGCCCGCCCUGGACGACACCCUCUUCUUCCUCUACCUCCUGCCCCCCAUCAUCCUGGACGCCGGCUACUUCCUGCCCGUCCGGCCCUUCACGGAGAACGUGGGCACCAUCCUGGUGUUCGCCGUGGUGGGCACCCUGUGGAACGCCUUCUUCAUGGGCGGCGUGAUGUACGGCGUGUGUCAGCUGGAGGGCGGGCAGCUGGCCAGCGUGGACCUGCUGUCGUGCCUGCUGUUCGGCUCCAUCGUGUCGGCCGUGGACCCCGUGGCGGUGCUGGCCGUGUUCGAGGAGAUCCACAUCAACGAGCUGCUGCACAUCCUGGUGUUCGGAGAGUCGCUGCUCAACGACGCCGUCACCGUGGUCCUCUACCACCUGUUCAAAGAGUUCUCCGCCGUCGGCACGGUGACGGUGCUGGACGGCGUGCUGGCGGUGGUGUGCUUCUUCGUGGUGUCCCUGGGCGGCCUGCUGGUGGGCGCCAUCUACGGCGUGCUGGGCGCCUUCACGUCCCGCUUCACCUCGCACACGCGCGUCAUCGAGCCCCUCUUCGUCUUCCUCUACAGCUACAUGGCCUACCUCUCGGCCGAGGUCUUCCACCUCUCCGGCAUCAUGUCGCUGAUCGCGUGCGGGGUGACCAUGCGUCCCUACGUGGAGGCCAACGUCUCCCACAAGUCCUACACCACCAUCAAGUACUUCCUGAAGAUGUGGAGCAGCGUGAGCGAGACCCUCAUCUUCAUCUUCCUGGGCGUGUCCACGGUGGCAGGCCCCCACGCCUGGAACUGGACCUUCGUGGUGGUCACCGUCGUCCUGUGUCUGGUGUCACGCGUCAUGGGAGUGAUUGGCCUCACGUAUGUAAUUAAUAAGUUCCGCAUCGUCAAGUUGACGAAGAAGGACCAGUUCAUCGUGGCGUACGGCGGCCUGCGAGGCGCCAUCGCCUACUCCCUGGGCUUCCUGCUGCCCGACCACCACAUGAAGACCCUCUUCCUCACCGCCAUCAUCACCGUCGUGUUCUUCACCGUCUUCGUCCAGGGCAUGACCAUCAGGCCUCUGGUGGAACUGCUGGCCGUGAAGAAGAAGAAGGAGACCAGGAGGUCCAUCAACGAGGAGAUCCACACCCAGUUCCUGGACCACCUCCUGACGGGCAUCGAAGGCGUCUGUGGACACUACGGACAUCACCACUGGAAAGACAAGCUGAACCGCUUCAACAAGACGUACGUGAAGCGCUGGCUGAUUGCCGGGGAGCGCUCCAUGGAGCCCCAGCUCAUCUCCUUCUACAACAAGAUGGAGAUGAGGCAGGCCAUGAUGAUGGUGGAGAGCGGCAGCUCGGCCAAGCUGCCCGGACUCAUAUCCAUGCAGAACAUCCAGCCCAAAGUGGAGUCCAGGGGGAGAACCAUACCCAAGAUCUCCAAGGGCAGAGAGGAGGAGAUCCGGAGGAUUCUACGGUCCAACCUGCAGCAGACCAAACAGAGGCUGCGGUCGUACAGCCGCCACGACCUGUUCGCCGACCCCUUCGAGGACAUGAACGAGAACCUCAGCGAGAUGCGCUUCCGGAAGCAGCGGGUUGAGAUGGAGAGGAGGAUGAGUCACUACCUCACUGUGCCCGCCAAUCGACAAGAGACCCCGCCGGUGAGAAGGGUCCGCUUUGAGUCAGACGACCAGGAGAGUUCCAGAGAGAGUUCCGGCGUCAGGGCUCGCAACGUCGGGCCCAACUCCUCUCCAGCCGAUGCCAUCAGCGUGUUGGAGGAAUCCCCUCCUCUGAGGCCCAAUCGGAGGAGCGAUGGCGGGGCCAGGCGGAGCACGGAACACGGAGCACAAGCGACGGACGACGACGACGACGACGACGACGCGGAGGAAGAGACGGGAGAACCCCAGACACCAGCGCGACGCGUCAGCGACCCCGGUCCGAACUAGCACAAAAAAAAAACGACUUUAUAUCGGGACGACUCGACAAAGGCAUAUCCCAAACUGAAACUGAAAGUGGCGGACGCGCUCGGGCUUCCUGCUCGUCGAGUUUAUUUAAAAACAUCCCAGAAAAGCCACAUCUAUCUCAGACAUUGACAUGAGACGAUUAUUUUUGGUUGUGUUGUUGUCAUAUUUAAAUUGUUUGCCAGUGUUUCUGUCAUUACAUUUUCACACGUUUAAUAUUUUAUACUGAAAUAGCCUACGUGCGAAGAAAAUAAGUAAAAGAAUGUAUGAAAAAGUGCUUUGUCAUUGUUACUGUGACUUGAGUACACACUGCUUCCUAAUAAGAGGAGAUGUCUGAGCUGUGUCUUGGCAAAUAAACAUACACUCCUUUCUAACAAUGUUUAAAACAUUGUAGUCUUGAAGCAACGCCUAAGGUUUAGUUGCUCGACGUCGUUCCCUACUCAUGGCACAGAUAUUAAGAAAUUAAUAUUCCAGGAAUCAUCCGCAGACCAGUUUAACCAGUAUUCCAAAAUGACCAGAAAACAAUCUUUGCACUUAAUUGUUUGGUUUUGCAGCACUUCUGCAUGAAUGUUGAAUGUGUUUUCGCUCAGGAACUGAGCGACGUAAACGGACAACCCUUUUCAUCACCAAAAAAAAUGGGGUUACCAUGAAGGGUUCCCAUCCAAAAAAUAGUGUUCAGUUUCGUUACAAUCCUCAGGAGGGUCCCUAUCUUGCGUUGCCUGUUUCUCGCUAAUGUGCUUUGUUGUGUCAUCUUGAAAUGCCACAAAAGAAGAUCUCAGACAACAAGUGUCAGUUAAAUUUAUAUAUUUCCACCUUGGAAGUUCCUGCACUGUCAGAAACCGUAGUAAAGAGUGAAACACAGACCUGUGAGACCAUAACUUGCCUCUGCACAGUGAUGUAUAUGCCAGAGCUUUUUGCUGUUCGCAGAUGUUUGCUUUAAAAUGUAUUGUUUUUGUGUGCCAAAGACACUGUUUAUAUUAAAGUGAAUAUUCUGAU